GCCCGUGGCCUUCUGGGGGUUGUAGUUCUCUUCAGGAGAGCGCUACUGAGAGCGGACUACAUUUCCCAGAAAGCCUUGCGCCGCCCGCCGGAAGGAGUGUGUUCCCACGCGGUUCUGAGUGUGAGCCUGGUGUGGUGGUCAGCGAGCGCGAUGCCUAAGGCCAAGGGCAAGACCAGGAGGCAGAAGUUCGGUUACAACGUCAACCGAAAACGUCUGAACCGGAAUGCUCGUCGGAAAGCGGCGCCACGGAUCGAGUGCUCCCACAUCCGACAUGCCUGGGACCAUACCAAGUCGGUGCGGCAGAACCUGGCCGAGAUGGGCUUGGCCAUGGACCCCAACAAGGCGGUGCCCUUCCGCAAGAGACAGAUGAAGGCCAUGGAGGUGGAUGGCGAGACAAGGCCCCAGGAGCUUGUGCGGAAGCCGUACGUGCUGAACGAGCUGGAGGCAGAAGCCAGCCUCCCAGAGAAAAAGGGAAAUACGCUCUCUCGGGACCUCAUAGACUAUGUGCGCUACAUGGUGGAGAACCAUGGGGAGGACUACAAGGCCAUGGCCCGGGAUGAGAAGAAUUACUAUCAGGACACCCCAAAGCAGAUUCGGAACAAGAUCAACGUCUAUAAACGUUUUUACCCAGAGGAGUGGCAAGCCUUCACUGAUUCCUUGCCGAAGAAGAUGGACACUGAGUGACUGCCUUACACCUGCCCCUGGGCCGAGGUCUCCUGCUGGCCCAGUGAUGCAGGAGCCAGAGUGCAAGACCAUCGGGGAGCGGUGUGCAGGUU